AUGGAUUCAUCAUAUUUGAGGCUGCAGGGAGCAGACUUCAGAAUAUAUAGCAAGGCAGAAAUUUUGCAGCUGAGCGUGAAAGAGAUUGUCAACCCACAGACAUUUGAUACUUUACAGAAUGCGAUGAUUGGAGGAUUGCAUGACCCGGCACUAGGUCCAAGUCAAAGAUUCGAUCGUUGUGAAAGCUGUGGUCAAAGUGAUAAAAACUGUCCUGGUCACUUUGGUCACAUCAGAUUACCAGUGCUUGUCUUCAAUCCAUUGCUUUUCAAAACCUUAGUCCAGUUGCUGAAGGGCACUUGCUUGUCAUGCCAUAGGGUGAACCUUUCUCCGCUUCACAUCCGACUGUAUGCCUAUCAGUUAGAAUUGCUGCAGAAGGGCUUUCUGACGCAGGCACAGGAUUUGAUGGAAAGGUUCCUCCACUCGGAGAAACCUGAAAAUGAAGCUCUCAAUGAAAUGAUUGAGUUUGUCAAAGAAACCAUUGAAGGUGCAAAAAGGGAUGAGAAGGUGUUAUCAAAAAAUGUUCUAACAGAAACCCAGAACACCAUGCGCAGCAUCUUGAGUCUGUUCUCUUCAUCCAAGCCAACUUGUCGCCAUUGUCAGACCAGGAACAGAACUUUGAAGGCUGAAUACAAUCGAACUAUAGUCGGAGUUCUGAUAGAGGAACGAGUGCCCAGGAAGAGAUUAAUCCAAGUCAAACACACUGAGAUGGACAUAAAGGAUAUGGAUGCUGCACCAGAAGAAGAGGUUGACAUGGAAGAAAAGGUAGCUGAUGAAGCCAAGGAAGCUGCCCAAGAUGAUGAAGAAAUCGACGGAGAGGUGCAAACAGAGCUAGCACAUUUCUUGAAGUCCAAGCACAAGAGAUGUAUCAUGUCUCCGAACAUUGCUAGAGAUCAUCUGAGAAAAGUUUGGCAGGAGGACAAAGAUUUUCUCCAGAAGCUGUAUCCAUUCUUGGCAUCGGUUAAAGAGUGUGAAUUUCCUGUCGAUAUUUUCUUCCUGGAUACUGUUCCAGUUCCACCCACAAGGUUUAGACCUCUGAGUAUGAUGAAAGGGCGCAAGUUUGAGCAUUCACAGACUGCUAACCUCUCUGCUGUUUUGAGGGAAAGCUUGAUUCUGCAGGAAUUAAUCAAGAAAGUGGAAGAGCCUCAGAAGGGUACAGUCAAGGGCCUGACAGUUCCAGAUACAAAUGAAAGCCUUACAGCACAUAUGCACAAGAUCAUGGCAUCAUGGCUACGUCUGCAGGCCAAGGUCAAUAUUGUGUUGGACAGCGAUUUAGAUAACUUGUCAGAAGACAAGUUUCCCGGCAUCCGACAGAUGCUGGAGAAGAAAGAAGGUCUUUUAAGGAUGCACAUGAUGGGAAAGCGUGUGAAUUUUGCAGCCCGUUCAGUUAUCUCCCCUGAUCCCUAUAUUGCCACAAAUGAAAUUGGAAUCCCGAUGGUUUUUGCAUCAAAAUUGACUUAUCCUCAGGGAGUGACUCCAUGGAACAUUCAUGUACUUCGGGAGAUGGUCAUUAAUGGUCCUAAUAAGUACCCAGGUGCUUCCAGUGUUAUCAAUCCAGACGGGACUGUGGUUUACUUGAACUCAAGUGAUGUUAGUCAGCGGGAAGCGAUAGCACGACAGUUGCUGGUGAAUGAUAAUAACGUUACAGGAACAAAAGUGGUGUGUCGGCAUCUAAUCAAUGGUGACUACUUGCUGCUCAAUCGACAGCCAACACUGCACAGACCCAGUAUGCAGGCUCACAAGGCCCGAGUGUUGCCAGAUAUAAAGACCCUGAGAAUGAAUUAUUCCAACUGUAAGGCUUACAAUGCUGACUUUGACGGUGAUGAGAUGAACGCUCACUUUCCUCAGUGUGAAUUAAGCAGGGCCGAGGCUGCAGUUCUUGCAUGCACAGACUAUAAUUACCUGGUGCCCAAAGAUGGAACUCCUCUGGCUGGGCUGAUACAGGAUCAUGUGGUGGCUGGUGUUACACUGUCCAUCAGGGGACGUUUCUUCUCCAGACAAGACUAUUGUAGUCUGGUUUGGAACUCUUUGAGCGACUCCAGAGAUAAAAUUUCAAUGUUACCUCCAGCCAUUUUGAAACCAUAUCCUUUAUGGUCAGGCAAACAGAUUAUCAGCACAGUGCUGUUGAAUCUCAUCCCCAAAGGGGUAGCAGCCAUCACCUUGAGAAGCAAGUCAAAGAUACCUGAGAAGAGCUGGACACGAUACCAGGCAAAUUACCAGAACAUUCUGCCGUUGAACAUGGUUAUCUCUGAUUCUGAUGGGAUGGGAGAAAGCACAGUGAUCAUUAGCCAGGGAGAGUUGCUGCAGGGAGUGCUGGACAAGGCUCAUUAUGGGCCAUCAUCAUACAGUUUGGUUCACUGCUGUUAUGAGCUGUACGGGGGAGAUGUUGCUGGCAGACUGUUGACCUGCUUGGGCCGGCUGUUUACAUCAUUUCUGCACAACACUGGGUUCUCCCUUGGAUCUGGAGAUAUUCUUGUACAGAGAAAGGCAGACAGGAAGAGGAAAUCUUUUAUUAAGAAGUCCCAGCAUGUGGGGAAAGCUGCUGUGAUGAAAGCAUUAGGCUUAAAUGAGGCAGAGGCAAAUGAGAGUGAUCUUUUAAUGGAACUGAAGCAAGCUCAGUUUGAAAAGGGAGGUGUCAGGAUGGCAGAAAUUGACAUGUGUAUGAAAGGAGAGACAGACAAAGUGCAGGAUGACAUUGCUAGGUCUAUCAUGCCCAUUAGACUAGAGAAAGGAUUCCCAGAGAACAGUUUGCAGUUGAUGGUUCAGUCUGGAGCCAAGGGGUCACCGGUGAACUGCAUGCAGAUAUCUUGCCUGCUGGGGCAGAUUGAAUUGGAAGGGCGUCGACCACCGCUGAUGUUGAGCGGAAAGUCUCUGCCAUCAUUCCUCCCCUAUGAUGUUUCUCCCAAGGCAGGUGGUUUUGUGACGGGCAGGUUUUUGACUGGAAUCAGACCUCAGGAGUAUUUCUUCCAUUGCAUGGCUGGCAGAGAGGGUCUCAUAGAUACAGCUGUUAAGACAAGUCGCAGUGGUUACUUGCAGCGUUGUUUGGUUAAACAUCUGGAAGGAAUUAUGGUCAACUAUGACUUGACAGUCAGGGACAGUGAUGGUGGAAUUGUACAGUUCUACUAUGGGGAGGAUGGUCUAGAUCCUGUUCGCUGUCCAUUCUUGAUGCCGUCUCAGUUUCCAUUUUUGACGGAAAACCUCCUUGCUGUUCUCAGUGGCAAUAAAGAAAACCCAUGGCAGACGGUCAAGCAGAGCAAAGAUGUCAGACAUAUCUGGAAGAAGAUCAGCAAAUGGCGUGCACAGAACAGUGAACUAGGAAAGUGGACAAAUCGGGACAGCAGUUUUUUGAAAUUCUGUCAGAGUGAGGUAGCCCCAUCAGUGUCCCACUCUGAAGAACAGACAAUUGUGAAGGAGGGAAAGUAUUUUGGCAGAUCAAGUGCAGCAAGAAAAUUCUGUGAAGCAUGGGAGAGUCUCAUUGAUGAGAAUAAAGAAAAAAUGAAAAAAGGCAUGGUGUGUCCAGAGCCUGUCAUGUCCAAGUAUCUGCCCCACUCCCAGCCUGAAGUGAUGUCUGAACACUUCCGGCACUUGCUUAAUGUUUACUGCAAGAAGGGAUUCUCCAAGGUAGUUUCUCAGAUGUCUGAAAACCUGAACCCAGAAGCGUUUAAGGCAGCUGUCAAUCGGAAGGUGGUUAAGUCCUUAGCACACCCAGGGGAAGCUGUAGGUCUUAUUUGUGCCCAGUCUGUGGGUGAGCCCUCCACUCAGAUGACACUGAACACCUUCCACUUUGCUGGUCGUGGUGAGAUGAACGUCACUCUGGGUAUCCCUCGACUCAGAGAGAUCCUGAUGACUGCCAGCACAAACAUCAAGACUCCGUCCAUGGACAUCCCCAUACUGCCAGUGCCACAAGCCAGACCCCAGGCAGAGAAUCUGAGGAGGCAUUUGAAUAGAAUCACACUAGAUCAGGUUUUGCAACAUGUGAAAGUCAAGAUUUCCACAAAACGUUUCAAUUCGGAAAAUUACAGAGUAUUUGAGGUGAAGUUCCAGUUUUUGCAUCGCCGGGAGUAUGCUGAUCUCACAAACCUGACUCCAAAGAUGAUCUUGGCAUUUAUUGUGAAGAGGUUUUUGCUGCAGGUUGACAUGGCUGUCAAGAAGGAGAAUGCUGUCAUGGAGAAAACCACUUUAUUAUCCAGCGGAAGGUUGAAGCGUUCUGCUAACACAGAGAAGGAGGACAGUGAUGAGCCCAAGCUUGCUGAUGCUAAAGAUGAAGACGUGGACACAGAACCUAAUGAUGGUGAUGCUGCUGCUGUAAAAGAGCAACAGCAACAGCUGGACACACAGGAAUACGAGGGAGAAGAGGAGGAGAGGAAAGCAGUCGUACCUGAAG